AUUAAAUCAGGUUAAGCAUAAAUGCAAUUUAUUCCGUAGGCAAGGAAGUGGGUGGGUUAGUAGAAAAGACACGCAAAAAGACUCCUUGUUGUUGGGACGUUUUGGGUAAGUAAAAGACGGUCCUUUUACACCAUAGUUAGGACGAUAACAUGUACGUAAAUGUCAUUAAUAUUGGUUUUUACGAUCCUGUGCUAAGCGUCAAUCACGAACAACUCAGUGAUAAGUAGCAGUAAACAACUCUAUCACGGUCUGUCUGUGAUUUACCUUAACAAUUUGGAAUUGACUCUGGUUUUUCGUAUUUGCAUGUUGUUGAUGUACAGCUUUUUAAAGAAAUUUGAUGUUUCCAAGCUUUGUUAACCCGUGUUGGAAAUAUGUCUAAGUUUUUUUCGUGUCUCAUAGCAGAACCUUGGGAGAUAUUAAGUGAUGGUCAACAUAUACGUAUAUAUCAUUGAUAUUGUUUGAAUAUACGAUCUUAUGCUAAGGCGUUAAUCAUGAACAACUCAGUGAUAGGUAGCAGUGAACAACCCUAUCACGGACUGACUGUGAUUUACCUUGACAAUUCGGAAUUGACUCUGAUUUUACCAUAUUCGCGCGUUGUUAAAUAAUGUAUGCCGGCUUUCCUAGCAAGUUUGGUCUUUCCAAGGUCUGUUUUCCCUACGGCAGUGCGUGUUCCGCAUUAAAUGUUUGCUAAGAGUUUUAGAAGAGUAAUAAGUUUAGUUAGGAAACUGGCAUUUCUUAAACUCUAAUGCUGAGUUCUAUGGUACAUAUACUAAGAAGAGUAUCUGUGAACGUUGUUUGAAGCUUGCUACAAGUAUUUAGCUCCGAAUUGAAUCCUUGAGGGCUCGUUUGUGCAGAGUAUAAAGAAUCUGAAUAAGAAUACUUGAGCAAAACCGCCGAGAAAAGACCGAAAAGCAUGAAUUGAUGCAACAAUUCUCUCUCUCGCUUUAAAAGUGAUUUUAUCCUUGUCUGAUCGGUAAGUUUUCAACAAUGAUUGACUGUUGUCUAUAGAUUGAAAUUAAUUAAUUUUGUCAAAAUGUAGGAACUUAAAGUCGGUUUGGUGUUUAGCAAAUAACCUCUGUAAGAAGUAAAAAAUUCUGUGUGUUUGAAUUCGACUAAACGAAAAUAUAUUUCAAAUGUUAAAUUUUCAAUAGCUGUGAUAGAUUAUUUAAUAAAAGCAUAAUAAAUGACUCAAAUUAUUCUUAAGUAGCGUCAGAAUGCUACUUAAUAUCAUUUUUCGAAGCUAGGAAAUUUUGGUGUAUUUUGUCUCUAUGAUUGUUUUUGCCGAUAAGCGGUUUCGUAUUAGGCCAUAUCUAGCCAAGCGCGAAGCGGCAGAGACAAAAUAAUGUCUCCUUCUUCACACUAGAUUACGUAACACCUUUAUCAUGUGAGCUAUUUUUGUUUCCGUUUUAAUGUUGGCUGCUUUAUUGCACAUUUGAGCCUGCAGAUUAUUCCUUUAAAAGGACCGUUUCUUCUCCAGUGUUUGAGGUGGAUAUGUUCUUAUAAUUGUAAUUCAGCAUUUUAAACGGACCCUCUUGGACUAUCUCUUUAUAAAAUUGAAAAACGUUCUACAAAAAACUAUUGUUAGAUAUUAAACGCUUUGUUCCCAAAGACAAACAAACUGUUUUCUGUUUUAUUUUUCAAGUGGCCAAUGUCUAUUAAGUCGUGCCUUGCUAUGCUUCAAGGCCACUUAUGGCUGAAAUUGGCGUUUGCAAACGUUGUUAAUUUCAUAAACACGACGGAUUCUGAUUUUUCCAAAGAGGCAAUCCUAAUAGGAUGGUAAAGCUUUUGUGCCUGACGCAAAUAUUUUGCAGGAAGGCUGUCUUCUAAAUUGAUCCCUUACCCCAACCCAGACCCUCAGAGGGUUUCGAAUCCGAGUUUCCCAAUUCAGAUUUGAAUCGACGCUGAGUGGAUUCAAAGGAUUUCGAAGACGGUUUUUGCAUUCACUUAAGUAAAAUAAGAGAAUUAUUUUCUAGGUUUAAGUUUGCGGAUUGUGAUUCUCUCAAUGAGACACUGGCUGAGAUUUUAUCCACUACUGAAUGCACUCUGCGUAUAGAUUCUUUAGAUUCAAAAGGCAUUAAUAAUAAUAAUUAUAAAAGCAAAUUAUAAUUAUCAUAAAAAUAUCUCCAAGAAUCCUUUGAGGCAAUUUUUAAAGAGCUUUAUAACUUUGACAAUUUUAUACGUAGAAGACUGUCAGACCACGACAAGAUGACAUUCGCCAUAAAAUAUCUUCCCAUGUCACAUCUAAGGUAAUGACGUCAUCAGUCACAUGACUAUUUCCGAACUAGGUUUUUUUUAUUGCUGCGACAAUAUUUCAUUAGCGAGUUAAAACAAAUAGCAUAUUUGAGGUUUUAGCAGUGUUUGGGGCAUUUAAAAAUAACCAGUUGACGUCCGGCAUUUAAAAUUUAAGAGGGUAAUGAACAUGAGCGAACAAGUCGGGAGACUAGACCGAGCGCUGUAGAGAGUUAACCUUUUAUCACUCGACAGAGGAAACUUGCGGGAAAGUAACGUUCUACCUGAUAAAUUUUUUCAUGACCAAAAUAGGGACGUGACGUCAUCAGUUCUAGUAACCUUAUUUUUUUUUCUUUUUUCAAAUCUCUCGUUUUUACCUGUGUGGAGCAUAUAGUAGUAACAUAAAAAAGCAAAGUUUACAGGAAUAUAAAAAAUGCGGUACCGCGACUUAAGAAUCAGCUUUAAUAGUUGAUUUUACUUUCUCUCUGACAUGAUUUGUAUGUCACUGGACAUGAUUUGCAUAUCUAAAAGAGGGAUCAAUUUUCAUCCAUCCAUUUCAAUAGAAGCAAAUGGAAUCACUUCUCACUAUAGCGGACAACCUGGAACCGUGACUUUCUCGUAUAAAAAAUAUGCAGCACCGAAGAAAAACAAAAAAGCUAACCCUUUUUGAUCAAAUUAUUUUUAAGGUUUAAAGUCGAAGCUUCAUAUAGUGUAAAAUAAUUAUAACUGGAUUUUUGAAAACCUGGUUAGCAAAAAAAUCAACUCAUUCUACUACUUGGCAAUUUAAAACGAUAAAACUUCAUUCAAAGGCCGCUCAAGAACAGGGGGAGGGGUGGUCUAACUUCUUAAGUUUUCAGUAUAGCACAGAAUAACUUAAGGAAACACUUUCUGGCUAUAAGUUUAAUAGAUGGAAUGUUAAUUGGAUUCACUCCAAUCAAUUCAAUUGUCACGUGACCUCUUAAGGCUAUUUUUUACACAAAAAUUUUUUGGCCAUAUGACACCACUUUUAAUUACUUUCUGGAAGUUGCAAUUAUCGUCAUAGUUAUGAGACUAGUGGGUACAUCAUUUCUGUGUCCGGGCCUUUUAAGUUAAUCUUUUAGACAGGGACGAAAUUCGAAAAUCGUUUGAUAAGGGGACUGGGUACUAGUACAAAAUUCCGUUUAUUUACACUAGCAAUAAAUUAUUUAACAGGUGUCUAGUCGUUCAUCUAGGGACAUGUUCGAUUGCAAUUCAGUAUUUGAUUGACUGCUGCUAUAAAAUGGUGCCAUUUCUAAUUUAAGUUCUUUUCGCGCAAAAUGGCCGUUUGAGGUCACGUGACCUAAUUUACAUAUCCUUUUACUCGGAAUCGCAUAAACUUUUGAGAGUCAUUAUUUUACUUAAGUUUUGUCGCUGUAGGCCUUAAUCCUUAAAAUACAGACCACCCCUCGACUUUUUGAGAGAAAUUGAAAAAACACCAAUGCCUCAAUUUCCUUGAGCGAUUAAAAGCCUUUAUCUGACUCCGGGAAGUGAGUUAGUAGUUACUAAAAGCAUUUCAACGAGUCCAAAUUUACGCAAAUUGUAUUCAGAACACUUUUUUUUUUUUUUAAAUUAGUGAUCUGACUCCGUGAAGUUUUAAACUGGUGUUAUUUCAGUCUAGAAAUUUUAAAGUUGAGUGAACUGCAGCGAAAAGGUGCCUGGUUAAGGCUUACAUAACAACUUAAAUAGUAAGCAAAACACUACUUUUUUCGCGGUCCGAUAAACGACAGGGUUUCGCAUGGAAUGAUUUCAAGAGAGAAUGAUUCUCUCUUGAUGAAUUUUUAUUUAUUUUAGAUUAGUGUGCCCAAUUAGAAGUAAGUAUUAUUAUUAUUAUCUUAAAUUAUUAUUAUUAUUAUUAUUAUUAUUAUUAUUAUUAUUAUUAUUAUUAUUAUCAUUAUUGCUAUGAAGUUUAGAUUAGUCUCCGGCGUCCCCAAUUAGCUGUUUUAUAUUUUGUACAGCUAAAUCAAUACAUUUUACUCUUAAAUAAAGUUGUUAUGUUAUGUUAUAAGGUUCGUGUUUCAAACUCAGGCAAAUGGCGCAAUAUCUUUCUACCUGCAUGCCUUGAGAGAUCAUGGUUUGUGUAGAGUAGAAAGACUUGAAUGGAAUACUACAGCAACGCCAGCCCGCGACAAAGCGUGACAUAGUAUAUCAAUUCCGCUUUGAAAGGCCCAUUGCAAACCUUCAUGCAUUGCGCGCCGCGAACACAAAUCCCGCGAAUUUCGUGUUACGAAAUUACUGACACUUGUGAAAGGGUUUUCCAAAGAUUUGGUAUCCGUUCGAACGGCUCAAGCUAUCCGCUGCAAAAAAAUUGUCAUCCAUUUGAACGGCACUGGUUAUCCGUUCGAAAAAGGAAUUUCAUCCCUUGGAACUACUAUCCAUUCGAGAAAAAUUGUCAUCCGUUCGCGUUCGAAUGGCUCAGGCUGUCCGUUGGAAAAAUGUCAUCUCAGUUCGAACGGCUCGAGCUAUCCGUUCAAAACAAUUGUCAUCCGCGCUACUGUUCCAAACCACUUUCAACCGAGCUGUUAAUUGCGACAAACGUGUCAAAAAAUGUAAGCUUAUAUAAAUAAUUCUUAUAAGCGUUGUUUAACGUCAUCUCAUGAAUUUUUACUGUACAUUUUCUGCUGAAUACUACCUUCUUUGCUUUCAUAACAUUCAAUUAUCUUUACAAGGUUUAUUCAAGUCUAAGGUAUAACAUUCAACAAAUUUACCAGGGGCACCCGACGACUGUUUUCUUUAAAAUUUCGGAGAAGCAAAUAUUGCCUAGAAUUUUCUACGACUUGAGGACGGCUAAAAAUUCCUAGAUGACCGUUCCAUUCAUUAAUUUUUUUUACAAUUUUCGAAGCUUAUCUAAUAAAUUCCCUACGAUUUACUGAAGUUUAAUUUCGCAUUUUACUUCCCAAGUUAGGCUAUUUUUCAUAGAAAAAAGGAAACCUAAAAUUUGGAUUCAAAAUUGUGAUAGCAAUACGUCAAAUUUCAUCUAGAAUUUUGGGGAAAAUAAUAUUUAAGUCCUUGUAAUUUUGAAAAAAUUCAAGUUCCCCUAGGAUGCCUUAACGAUACAAAUUUUACAGCGCCGCUUAGAAUGUUUUUCUAGAGAUCUAAAAGUACUCUGGAUAGGCUAAAAAGUGUUUUCAAUGUAUUAAGGAGGAAACCGUCGUUGGGUGCUUCUGAUUUACCGCCCGAUGGAGACCUUGAGAGACGCUUGCCAUGCAAUGCCAGGUUGGUAUCAAACGAUUAAAGGAAAGAAACAGCUUAGUUCGUUCCACGUGGACAGUUCAUCUCUAUUCAUGGGUCUCGCCAUGAAUAAAAGAAAGAGCCACAUUAAGGCAACCUGGAAUCUUUCAGUCUCUUUUACAAGUGUCAACGGAAAUGGAGGAGCUGAUGCAGGAUAAUGCAUUUCCGAGGGUCUAAUUUUAAAAAUGUUCUAGGGGGCGUUAGACACGUGGCCUUUGGCCAUAUUUUAGGAUGCUACAGCUGAAAUCUUUAAUGUUACGCCUGCUUCAAAACUUAAUGGCAUAACUUGGCAAGUUAUGUUGUCGUUUUACAUAUUUAUAGAGCGUUUUCACAUGACGUCACGGUGGCCAUAUUGGCGUUCCAAAACAAUGAUCAUGAAACGGCGGCCAUAUUGGUGUACCAAGAAAAUCCUCUGGGAGUUUAACUCUUUUCUCAUGUAAAUGAUUUCUUUUGUUUCAAUAAAUUAGCACAGAUGCAGGCCACGUGAGUGAAAGUGCUCUAUAGUGACAAACCUAACAGUUAAUGAAAGUUAACCAUUUUGUGUCAGUGCUUAGCCCUAAUAACUAUUGUCAGUGUUUAACUCCAAUCACUAUAGAUGUCAUAACCUAAGAGCACAGAAAUAAAGAGAACCUAAGAGCAUAGAAAUAAAGAGAUUAUGUAUCAAACGUUCGAAGACUUACUUCAAAAAUAAUUAAUAAACGUUAUCUCUAAAAAGAGGUGGGGGCAGAUGUAGUGAGAACUAUUGCUAAUUAUGUUUUAAUCUUUUAAAAAGUAGUUUUGAUAUUUACACGCUCCGUUUACCUGAUGUACUCGCUCUUUUGGCACCGUCUUUCAUUGUGACAGAUGUUAAGUUCGGGGGUGUGAAACGGGCCUAAGAGCGUUCAUUAAAUUAAAUCAGUACAUUGCAGGAAAUACGUUCCCUAAUCUCCCUGCCACCCCCUCUAACCCAAAACGCUCAGGAAUAGAAUUCUGAAGCAUCCCUAUUGGGAUUGAAUCUACUUAAGCCAUCCCAGAAAUUAUCGUGCCAAAAGUUUGAAGUGGAAGAAUACAUUUUAACACUCAGUGAUUAAGGAUUUUUUUUUUUUUUCAAAGAAAAACCUCGAGUAAGUGAAGGAGAGGCGGCCGCGGAUCAUCCUUAUCCUUGCUGUUUCCUGGAGACGAAUCCCCGAGUUCUUCUCUAAAUUCGGGUGCACACCUGCGUUUCCACUCAGUUUUAUCGAAAACAAUUUAUUUGAUGGGGAGCGGUGCUAGCCGGCAGAAUAGAGUAGAAGCGAUCUCGGACAGCGCUACGCUUUCUAACCCUGGCCACCCAACAUUUAGAUCCGUGAGAUGGCCUGAAAGAGAUCGCGCCCCCAAUAUAAUCCCUGUGUCCCAAAGGCUAAGCCUACCCGGGUCCUUUCGUCCUCACGAAGUUCAACCUAACACAAAUUACCGCAUAUGGAGCCUUUUUAGCAAGCAGGGUGAUGGUUUGGUGCGGAUUGAUCCAACUGACAACAAUGUGGAUUGUAAAGGAGCCUUCAGUGAUACAACAGGUAGGUUUUCUUUGUGCUUUAAUUUCCUUUUCUGUUUUUUUUUUUUUUUUUUUUUUUUGCGUUUUGGUUUUUGUUUGUCAUAAAAACAAUCCUUUACAUACCUUGAAAGUUUGCUUAGUAGCCCCUUCCCCGGCGAUGGGCGAAUCUUCCUUUAAAAAAAAAAAAAUCCUGGAAUAAGCCCCCGCUCUAGCUUGUAUUGAAAUAAAUUCGAUUUUUACGACAGCCCCCCUGUUUAUAAGCCCUCCUGAAACCCCUUACGAAGUUAUAUCAAUCUCGAGCUUAUAAGCGGAAGUUAAUGCGGUAUUCUAUUAAUUUUAUUAUUAUACAUUGUACUGACUAUCUGUCUUCUCAUUGACUAAGAGCCUAUAGCUAUUUUGGAAAUCAGCGCAACCAGUAGAUUAGUUACUUAUCUGCUAGCAGAUAACUGACCAAACUGUAGGUUGCGAGCGCAAUGCAUGAUUUCCAAUAACAACAUCAAUUCAAGUUCCUUACGACGUUUUGUUUGUCGCUAUUUUCUUCGAAACAAUGUAUAGUAAAACAACUAUUAGAUACGGUUUUUGUGAUAUCCUAAAUAAUCAAGAUCUCUGUAAGUGUUAUCAGCCUCGGCCUUCGGCUCGGCUGAUAACACUUACCUCGACCUUGAUUAUUCCCGAUAUCACAAAAACCUCAUCCAAUAAUUGUUAAAAGUGGAAGUGAAAACCCUCGGAAUAUAUUUUCUGAAUCAGUUUCGGCUUACCUUUUUUCCAAGCAGUCAUCUUGCACCACCAUCCAUUGAACUAAGAGAGGCUGGGAGCGAGGGUGUGGGGUGGGGUGAUAUAGGGCGUUCGAGGUGGAAGAAGGUAGAGGGUGGGGACGGAAUCGGCUCGUGACAGCGGUGAUUGUGCCUGAAAAUACGUUGUGUCCUUCGAAAGACAACGGUAGGUAUAGACUUAGGUACAUUACUGCGCGGCACAACACAGAGGGAAAUUGAAAUGUUUGCCCAUUAUGAUGGGACAUUAGAGGAUAGUAUGUGUGUCAAACAUUUUAGUUCCCAUGCUUGCGUGAUGAUAGCUGUAAGCGAGGUUGUAUUCAGGUUUGCUGACGUCUUUCCUUUUUUCCCUGUGACAGUUUUAUGUUUUGGGGGGUCUAUUGGAUAAUAGCCUACAUAACAGGUGCUAUUUUUUCGUCUUUUUUUCGGAGAGCGAAGGCAAACGCGAAGCGAGCGAGCGAGGAGCGCUAGACACGCUCGACGGGGAAGCCAAAAAACGCGAAAAACAACGCCUGUUAUGCAGGCUAGUUUGAUUCAAGCUCCUUUAUUUGAUAAUUUGUAGUAGGGCAAAGUUUUCUCUAGAAAGUACCCUUGCCGGGGCUGCUUUUAACUGAUCUUAGUUUAUUGCUUUUUCUUCUCUCAAGACAAAGAUGAAGGAACCUGUGCUCUGAUUACGUCACCCCGAGUCUAGGAGGUGUCAUUUUAUGUUACCCUCACACGAGACUUGUCAUCACAGGUUUUUGAUUUGCACCGUUCUAGUUGGAAGUUUGCAAAUCCAGUUAUUAGACACAUGUUGGUUAGAGUGAUCCUUCCCAUUUUUAAAAAACCCUAUUCCCUUUCUUCUUGUUUAAUCCACUGACUUCAGUGUAAUCUCUUUUAAUUAGUUGUGAUGUCGACUAGUGCCUUCAAUCAGAGCUAUAUCAGUCUACUCUUCAAGAACUUGGAGAAACAGUAUGUCUUGACGGCCCAGGAAGACUCAAACGGCAAUAUAAAAAUAAAGGCUGUGGUAAGGUUAUUUUUGAUUAAUUAAACGCUUUCAUUGGGUAGCGGGUUGGGUACUGUACAGUACCGCAAAUGAUCCCCAACCGCAAAUGAUCCCGAGACCGCAAAUGAUCCCCAUAAUGGACCGCAAAUGAUCCUCGACCGCAAGUGAUCCUCAAAGUCGACCGCAAAUGAUCCCGAAAGAAAAAUAGGAAUGGCUUAGACUCGAGUAAGCGGAUCAUCGUGUCGAUUUUAUUAUUAUUAUUACAAAAAGUUAGAUUAAACGCUAAGUUUUAGUUCUUAAAUAAAUACAUGAAUAAAAACUAACUGAAAAGAAAUCAUUCAAGUGUAAAAACGAAGUCGGUAGGCAACACACGACUUUUGCCUCAUGCCAAAAUGCUCAGUUGUUCCAAUGAAUUUUUCUCUGACGGGUAGAUUAUACCUCUGAAGGAAAACGUUUUGACUGAGUAAAUGUGAUUUUUGCUGCUUAUUUCAUACUGAGAGGUCAUGACACGCAUUUUCUGCGGUUAUUUUUGUUUCUGGUCGGCAUGAUUUGUCCUUUAAUGCAAGAGCAUUUCCUUUGACCUCUUUUGGAAAUGCGAUGCUCUUCAUUGCGGCUAAAUAAGGGUUUUAGGUUGUUUAAUUUUCUUUAAAAUGCCUCAUGGAUCCGAAUAACUAUAAGCGACUUUCCGUGAAUGUGACGGUUGAGGGGCACCCAACGAGGAUACAGUUCAAAACCACUUAACAUAGCAUUGUUGAACGUAUUUUAGUAUUCAAACGGUAGAUAUAGGCCUAUUUUUAUCCCCUAAAAACUUUUCAUCUGUUCGGAUUUCCUAGCUGAAAGUUUAGUGAUCCGAAAAUUAUAGGGAUAAAAACUUCCCUUCUCGAAAAUUUCAGCCAGGAAAAGGCUCCCGAAAAUUCUAGGUGGCCUUUUUUAGGGUCAAAAUCCGUUAAAAAUGGGUAAUUACCGUAAAAUUCCGAAAAUAAGCCCCGGGGCUUAUAUUUUUCAAAGGCCCUUUUUGAGGGGCUUAUAUUCGGAGGGGCUUAUUCACGGAGGGAAAUUUCCGUUUCAAAAUCGAUUGGGCUAGACUUAUAGUUUCAAGUAAAUUUGCCGUUUUUGCUUUGUUCUACUUUGUAUUUGAGGGCAAUUUUCCAAGUACAAGCCCCCGGGGGCUUAUAUUUGGAGGGGCGAUUUAACGGAGGGUUCUUUGCGUUACGAGUUUGGGGGGCUUUUAUUUGGAGAGGCUUAUUUUCGGAAUUUUACGGUAUACCAUUUUGUCCUGCAUUUUGUAGAUGUUCGAAAAUCAAAGGAGAGGCAGGCAAGCAAGAAAUUUUACAACAAAUGCUCCGAAAAUUCUAGAUCUCAAAUCGUCUUCCGAACAGAUAUUUUCCCGAAAGUUGCCGUUGGGUGCCCCUGACGGUUCCCACGAUGGUUUGUCACGCGAUAACUACCGCUCAAUGCAUCGGGUUUGCGUUUCUCGUUACCAGGUUUAGAUUCCUGGUAACUGUCUGCAGCAAAGGCACAAGAAAUGGAUAUACAUAUAAGCGUCAAUAUAACUAUUCGCAACAUGUUCAUGAGCUGUAAGCAAGUUGUUCUUUCGAAAUAAACCGAAACCUGUGGACAUUGAUAAAUUCGGGGGCAUUUUGACGUGUGUUUAUUUCAAAUCAUGUCUUGUUUCGUAACGGGCACUCCCAGGCCUGGGGCACUCCUAAGUUACGAACCAAUGUCUUGCUGUUUAUCACGUAAAAUUAACACUUCAGAGAAAAAUCAAAACUAAAUAUUCUGAAAAUUAAUUCGACACUUCUACAAAGAUCAGUAAAGUCAUUAAAGCUGCGUAAUGUCCUGCCUGUCUUAAAUUUUCAGCGACGAAACAGUUCUUGAAAGAAAAUUGAAGCAAUUGACAAAGGAAGAAUUAUAUACGGUUGAUACCAUAUCCUUUUCAGAUUUAUUCUACUUUUUUUCGCCUUCUAUAAAUUGACCUGAGAUGUAGCGUCCUCCUUCCCUUUUUCUUUAGAAGGCGCGAAAAAAGGUCCCUUUUUUAUAAUCAGUCCUUUUUUGUAAUCAGUCCCAUAAAAUCCAUUCCAUUCCUCAAGUUUUCACGGGAUCAUUUGCGGUCGCCUUUGGGGAUCACUUGCGGUCGAGGAUCAUUUGCGGUCCAUUUUGGGGAUCAUUUGCGGUCUCGGGAUCAUUUGCGGUUGGGGAUCAUUUGCGGUACUGUACAGCACUGCUAAUUUCCGGCAUAAAUCGGCAUGUGAGGUCUCCAUGGAAGCACUUUCGACUUUCACGUUUUCCACAGUGCAAUUUUUCCCUACAAGAUUUUGCAAAAGCAUUGUUUUCAAUUUCUGCUUGAAAAACUUAAAACCCAAAUUGGGGAACACAAAUUACCUUAUGAGGGAAGUGAACGUUGCAGAUUGGAAAUGACUGCUGGUCUGAUGUUGUGUUUUGCUGAUUUGCGCCGUUUUUAAUGUCUACGACCGUUUUAAAUAGGGCAGGAAUUACCACAGUGUUAUACCGAGAAUUUUGAAUAAUUUUGCUCAAAACGAAGUUCAUUCAGUACUAAUUUCAAAAAAACAGAUUACAGGUCCAGCGGAAGUAACCGACCAAUAAACUAAAGGACUAGACCUUAUUCAUGAUACCCUCUGUCGUUGCAGAUGGAAUAAGAUGUCAAAAAAAGCGCGUGCAAAAAUGGAAUAGGAUCGAUGGGAUAAAAGCAAUGGCAUGUGAUAUUCCAGUGACAAACAAAGAAUAAAAUUUGCCGACGGCGAGUAAUCGCGGUCUAAUUUGUUUAUUCUCUGAAAACAAUACGACAAUUUUAGUUUUUCAAAAUGCACAGUUUGAGUUUUGACAAGUUCUACGUCAUUAUUGCUUGCAAUUUUUAUGCUCUGAUUGGUCCAAAUUUGACAGGUGAGUUCAUGCAGAAAAUUUAUACAGCGUCUUGAGACUUGUUUACUUUGACAGCUGAAGUGAAAGAGUUUUUUGUCAACUUGUGAUGUUUUUUACUGUCUUUUACUUCCCGCAAAUAGAAAGAAAAAACGUUCCGAAGAGUAUUUAGUUAUAAUUUUGGCUGUAGAAAGAAAGCUUGGAACGAUCAGCGUUCAUCGGCUUUGAAAACAUUAAACACCAGGAAGCCGGCUAAAAGCUUUAAGCUUAAGCUUAAAGACUCAGGAUUUUUAGAGACACUUUAAAAUUGAAAAUUGUUGUCUCUGUAAAUGUUUCACCGAAUUACAUUUGUUUCAUUGAUUGCUAGUAGUCUCUUGUAAUUUUAAUCGUUCUGGAUCAGGGCUAAAAUCAGAGUGCGCGGAUAUGUUUUCAUCAGAGCCUGAUCUCUGGUUGUUACGCCAUACUGACGAGCCCCAAAGAGGGCCAAACAGCUGUCUAUGGCUACAAUCCCGCUCUGUUUUGAGUUCUUUCGAUGUCGUGUUGAUGUCUUGCAGAGUUAAUUUUCACGUAGUACGAUCAGCAUUGCAGUAUUCUGCUUGCAGAAUUUAAUAUGUCUACAUCAUUAUUUUUGCUGAUCAGGUCUUUAUAGAUCCUACGUUCUUCGGCAUAAAUUCGUUUGCGGUCCUUUGCAGUCCCUUGUGGUUAAUGUUUGUUUCUUCGAUAGUGCAUGUUUAUCGGCAAGUUUAGGAGAUACAGGGUCGUUGUUCAGUUCUGCAAAUAUUCUCCAAAUAGCAGAUGUCGUCCGUCAAAUUCUCUUCUUGCUGUUCUUGCUGUUUUGAGCCAAUAGUUCGUCUAUUUCUUCCUCGUGAAACGACUGAAAUGUUCCGCCAUUUUGUAUUCACUAUCAGAACAACUCAAACUUAUUUUUUCUGCACCAUUGACGUCAUCAGUUUUAUUUACUGUAUGGUCCCAAAGCAAGUAAUCACCACCAAGAGAACAGCUGCACCGCUAGCCUUCCCAACACAUAAAAACAACUGGCUAAUCAAAGAACAACUUCCGGGACAUUUUCGUAAUCCUAUAUAGUCCGGUGGCUUAGUGCAAAAUUUUAGCGAGAUCUAUACAGAGUGGACAAAAGCACCAAACUUUGCAUGGUUGUAGCUUAGGGCAUGUUAGUCAAUAUUAGGAUCGGUGCCCACAGCUACCUCUUCAGGAUUUGCAGCAACCGCUCGCUGAAGUUCUUCAACAACCUUCCAUGAUGGGUGCCCUGUGCUCAAAAUUGCAAUCCCAUAUUUUUUGCAAUGUUUUGAUGAAAAUCACAUAAAAAGGCAAGUAGAUGGAAAAAGAAACUGUAUUAAUACUAUUAUUAUUGAAACCGAUGACUAAAACAAGUCAACUUAAUGAUAUAGCAAUAAUGAUAUACCAUGGUGGGUACCCUGUGCUAAGACUAUCAAUUCCUUGUUUUUUGCCUCUAUAUUAAUGAAACAUGAAAAUGCGAAAAAGAAAUUGUAUUAUCUUGUUAUUAAAACCAAUGACAAAAAGAAGUCAACUAAAUGGAAAAUCCAAAGAAGAUCUUUUCAGACGCGUAUUCAGUCCCAAAUGGCAUUUCAAGAUGAUGGCUUGAAGGUGUCUUUUCAAGGACUGUAAGUAUCCGCUAGAAUAUAUUGCCGUUUUGGGGGGGAAUUGUGUACAAUUUGAAUCACGACAGUUUUAAGUGAAGUUUUAAGCUCUUCUUCGUGAUAAAUUUGUUAUCGAAAACCACCUCUUCUCUUCACAUUUUGUGCCGAUUAUGAAUGACUAUACUGAGUUUACUUUUGUACUGGUUAAAAUUAAUAAUAGUAAAAAAAUGGCUUCUUUCUAUAGCGCUCAUAUCCUAAGCUCAUGGUGCUUUACAAUGUUAAAGAGGAAAAAUAUAUAUCUCUCGAGCAUGAAAUAACAUAUAUUAAAAUCUAUCAAAGAACAAGAGAAGGGAACAAAAAUUAAAAUGUUUUAAAAUUAUUUUGCCAUUAAAGUUUGUAUAUGAUGAUAAUAGGUCAUGCAAAAAAACUGAAUAUACAUUCUAUAAGUUUAGUUAUAUGAUCUAAAGAUAUCAAAGACGUUUUGACUUACUCUCUACAAAUUGCGUAAAAAGAUAUGUUCUCAGUCCUUUCUUUAAACUAGCUAAAGAUGGUAACUUGCGCAAAUCUAGCUAAUGGUAGUGAGUUCCACAGUUUAGGGGCGCACUCCGUAAAAGCCUUGUCCCGUGAGUUUUCGACGUUGUUCUAACAGCUGCUGAGAUGCAGACCACAAGUUCCUGGAGCGCCUUUGAUAACUAAGUCUGUCCGCUAGAUAGCUAGGUGGAAGGUUAUUAAGUGAUUUGAAAACUGACAAAAGAAGUUUAAAAAGAACAUGAUGACUAACAGGAAGCCAGUGAAGGUCAAAUGAAUAAUGUGUCCACAAAGCCUUUACAAGUCCGACCUGUGGGUAGUGAAUUGCAAUUAAUGGUCUAUUUUAGAUGUACUAAAGCACGAUUUCAGUCUUAUCGUGAUUGAGUUUCAGCUCGUUUCUACACACCACGAUGGAAAUUAGUAGGGAUCGUUGUCAUAUUUAUCAUAUUUACCAAGGGUGAGAAUCGAGGAGAGAGAAUCUGAGAAACCCACUUGUUUAACGGCACAAUUAUUUAUAGAACGCUCCUUGACAAUUCAAGUUACUAGAAUUCAAGAAAGAGGACUAUACGUGUUCUCGUUGCAAUUACGUUUGAUAUUGAAAUCACUACUACAGUAGUAAACAAAUGUAAAGUGGCAUCAAUCCUGUCACCUUACGUCCAAGUUAGAAAAAGUAAAGUAAAAACGAGAAACAAGCAUGUUGAAGCAGAUUGUAGAUUGUGGCACCAAACAAGCUUUGAAGACUGACACUAGUGGGGCUGCAAAGAGUGUGCCUUUGUAUGUAACGAAUACAGCUUAUGAAGUUCGGCAAGUAGAAAGAAAUGUGUAUCAUUCUCCACUGCAUUUGCUAUGUACUCAGUGAGUUCAAGAAAUGCUCUUGAUUUACUUAAUUCCUCGUCUUCCUCGGCCUUCCAAGCUGCUUCACUUUUCUUCUUGCGUUCCUCUGACUUGUAUGCCUAUUUCGCAAGUCAGUUAAACAGCGCGUAUUAUAUUUUGAACCUAUGGCAAUCACACCACCGCCAAAUAUUCUUGGAGGACCAUAGUCCAGUAAAUCGUUGGCAAGGCAUCUUAGGUUUCUGUCGGCUUUCGAUGUAUAGAAACUGUGUAGGUGGCUCCCAUCAUCUUCGUUUCAUGUCACACACUUUGCGGUCUUACUAGUGUCAACCUUCCGAGUUCGUUUGGUACCACAAUCUACAACCUUCUGUCUUUCUGUUUCUGGUCUGCUUCAACAUGCUUGUUUUUCCUUUCUCUUGCUUUUUAUAACUUGGACUUGCUGAACUUGAGGUGACAGGAUUGCUGCUUCUUUGCAUUUUUACCUCUGUAGUGAUUUCAAUAUCAAACUUAAUUGCAACAGGAAAACAGUCCUCUUUCCUGAAUUCUAGUACAUUUGCAAGGAGCAUUCUAUAAAUGCUUGUACCGUUAAACCAAUGGGCUUCUCAGAUCUUCUUAUGUUGAUUCUUGACAAAUAUGACAACGAUCCCAGUUGAUAUCCAUCGUGGUGUGUAGAAAACAGCUCCGCUUCAGAAACCUUUAACUAACCAGUAAGAAAACAAAUUCAGAAUAGUCAUUUAUAAUCGGCACAAAAUAUGAAGCGAAAAUGUGGCUUUCGAUAACAAAUUUAUCGCCAAGAAGAGCUUAAAACUUCACUUAAACCUGUAGUGAUUCAAAUUGUACACAAUUUCCCUUAAAAAACGACAAUUUAUUCUAGCGGAUUAUUACAAUCCAUGAAAAGACACCUUCAAGCCGCCAUCUUGAAAGGCCAUUUGGGACAGAGUACGCAUAUGAAAAAGUCUUCUUUGGAUUUUCCAUUUAGUUGCCUUGCUUUUUGUCGUUGGUUUCAAUAAUAAUACAAUUUCUUUUUGAUUUUCAAGUUGCAUCAAAAUAAUGGCAAAAAACAAGGAAUUCAUAUUCUUAGCACAGGGUACCCACCAUGGCAUAUCAUUAUUGCUAUAUAUCAUUAAGUUGACUUGUUUUAGUCAUCGGUUUCAAUAACAAUAGUAUUAAUACAGUUUCUUUUUCCAUCUAUUUGCCUUUUUAUGUGAUUUUCAUCAAAAAAUGGCAAUAAACAAGGGAUUGCAAUUUUCAGCACAGGCCACCCAUGAUGGAAGGUUGUUGAAGAACUUCAGCGAGCAGUUGCUGCAAAUCCUGAAGAGGUAGCUGUGGGCACCGAUCCUAAUAUUGACUAACAUGCCCUAAGCUACAACCAUGCAAAGUUUGGUGCUUUUGUCCGCUCUGUAUAGAUCUGAGCCUUUAGCCACCUGACUAAUAAUGGAAAGCGAAGCUGUGUGUAUACGUAUGUCAUUUUAUAAUAUUUUAAUAUUUUGAUAUUUGUCUAUAUUAUAGCAACCUUCAUCUGGCUCAACAUAUCCUGACCAAGCACAAUUUGUACCUCACUAUUAUUGGAGUUAUACGUUUUUCCAGACCAAGCUGUACAACCAAAAGUAUUUGAGUUCUGACAGCACUGGCAAGAUGACAUUAGUGGACAUAGCAGAGCGAGAUUAUCCAAAUCCACAAGCGCUGUUCAUUCUGAACAAAGUUUAAACCUCACUGAAAAAGUAUCCUAGGAUAGAACUGCUAGAAAUUGCUUUUUUGCACCAGAGAAAUAGCUCAAAAGUAAUAAAUUGUUAGUUGCUGCUUCCAGACUUUUGAUUAAAAAAAGGUUUCAGCGAGCGAAUUACCGGGUUUUAAACGUAAAAUGCAUUAAAGCGGACGUAUAGUUUGAUUGUCAGGCAACCAACAGCCACAAAAAGCAUGCAAAAUACCACUAGAAGCACCUUGGCCCAAUAACGAAUAUCGCAAAUGUUACGAAAAAGUUUUACCCCGCAGACAGUCCCCGACUUAAGAGUGCUAUUUCUUUAAAAUUUAAAAGAGGCCAUUGGGAUGGAGACAGGACAACACUGGAAGCCGAAAAGAAAAAAAGCAACAAAGAAACAAAGACAUAAAUGAAGCCAGCUUUAUUAUAUUCUUGAUUACAUUAUUUUUUUAAGCAUUUGAGUCAUAGAAGCCCUGGAGACACAAUCGCAGUUUAAUCCGGAAAGAACGCACUCAGACAAGUAACGAAGUUAGCAAAAAUGCAUUUUACAAAUUAUUCCGCCUGCUAGGUUUCUUAUUUAGAAAUUAGCAAUCGCACCUUAAGUGAGAAUAAAUAGUUAGCGCAAAGGAAACCCAGAGCGUUUGUAAUUCGGUAGUAAAUGUAAGGUUUAUGUAUGAAUGGG